AUGGACACAGUGUCUUCAACCGCAACCUAUGUGUACGUCGGCAGUUUCGUGAUGCCUCAACCAGGAAAGCAUGAGGGCCUACAUGUUUUUCGAGUUGACAAUGGCACGGGAGCACUUACACCCGUGGCAUCAUACGUCCCCGGGCUGAACGUUGGCAAUUUCGCCAUUGAUUACAAACGUCGCAUGCUGUACGUCACGGACGAAGUACCGAAUGGUGGCCAGAUUUAUGCCUUCUUAAUGGACCCAUUAACAGGCGGCUUGACUGAGCGAGGUCACUGGCCCAGCUAUGGCACCCAACCAUCGGGAAUCGCGCUCGUCGAUACCAAAGAUAUGGUAAUUGUUUCCCAUUUCACGAGUCGGACCAGCAUCACCACCAUCGCCGGUGAUGCCCAGUCAGGGUAUCACAUCGAGCGCCGUUACGACGAUGCCACAACAGUCCUAUUCACUCUCGAUGCUACCGGUUGCUCGGAUCAGCCAUCCCAUGUCCACGUCCAUGCAACCUCGGGUCAUCAGAGCAAGCCCUCAUGCCUGCACUCUGUCUCACUAUCACCCGAUGGAUCCUUUCUCAUCGAGUGUGACAUGGAGAAAGACCAGCUCGUUACGAUGACAAUUGAUUAUGGCUCACAUUCACUACACCUGCAGGGUAUUCGCGACGUCCCGCAAGGCAGUGGCCCACGGUACUCAGCCUUCCACCCCACGCUGCCCGUCUUCUACGUCAAUUUUGAGUAUCGACCAGUAAUUGAGGCAUUCCUCUACAGGGUGGGCGGUGACUAUGAAUCUUUAGGAACAGUGGACGUUCUUCCAGAGAACCUGAACGGGGGUUCCGGUGUCUUGCUGUCGGAUCUCCGUGUCCAUCCUACCGGAAAAUAUGUCUACACACUCGUUCGCGGCCAUAACGUUGUCAGUGCUUUUGCCGUAGACGAGGUGUCCGGUCGCCUACGCCGCAUCCAGACUGCCACUAUCAACGGGAUCUCGCCCAAGGGGUGCACAUUUAGUCCCGACGGCCGCUUUUUCUACAUCGCGGUUUCUGUGAGCAACGAAGUGCAGGUCUGGGCAGUCGAUGCUAACGGGAUACUUGUGCCGACCGAAGAGACGGCAGCCGUUCCUCGCCCUAGCGCCAUUACGAUGGUAGAGAUGACACCACCGUGA